UUGUAUUUAACCAAUGGUAAUAUUUAAUUGCUUAUUUAAAGAAUUGUAAUGCCUGAUCGGAUGAAUAAUUUAUAGUUAGCAUUAAUAAUAUUGAUAUGGGGAAGAGAUGCAUUGGUCUAGGGGCACAGCCCUUGCUAACUGACAGACAUGUCUCUACUGAUCCAUGCGACCCUCAGAAUAGUCAUGACUAUACACGGGCAGAGAAAGGGUACAAAGGACAUCUUCCAUCACAGAAUUGAGGCAUCGAAGAUCCCAGAAGUUAAUAAUACAGAACUGCGCUCAGUUAAGGAAAUUGAAUUGCAUCUUAAGCAAUCGAAUCUGUUAACAGGCAGUUUGACAGUAUUGCUAUUAUCAUCUCUGACAGCAGACAGGAAAAUUAUUAAUGGAGGCUACGAUUUGCUUUGUGAGAGCACUGUCUUCAUGGCGAAGGCAUGAAAAACAACGAACACUGCUGCCAUUAUUCAUUAGGAAAAUUAUUAAUGGAGGCUACGAUUUGUUUUGUGAGAGCACUGUCUUCAUGGCGGAGGCAUGAAAAACAACGAACGCUGCUGUCAUUAUUUAUGACUCAUAAGCAUAGUCAUUACUAGACAAAACUGUCAUAAGAUUAUGCUAUCCUUUGACUUGUCAUCAUUGUUGCUAACAAAUGUCUCUACUUGACAAUGGAUUUUGUCAUCAUUAUUUCAUUUGUAAAAUUAUUAUAUGAUUGAGGUAAUUGUUUGGGAAUUUUCAUUAUUACAGAUCAUCUUAUGAUUACAGAUCAAUAACAUUCUGUCAUUAUUUUGACCUAUACAAUCUUGAUCAGUAUGGUGUUCAGUAGCAACACUAUUAGUACUGUGAUCAAUUGAUAUGAGCAUCAAUACUGUUGUCAAUAUUAUAGGAUAUAUUUUUUUAUCAAAGUGAUUAAUAUGAAAUGUUGUUAAGACAGGACAUUACUGUCCUAAAAUGCUAGGCAUGAAUGUUGCCACUGCUGUAAACUUAAGAGGUAUUUGAAGAGG